UCGAGAGAAAGCGUCUUCGAAGGACCACCCCUUAACCCAUGCUGCUGCGCUCAACUUGUCUGGAUCCCAAGUCUGAUCUCUGACUUGUGGUUUGUUGUUGUUUUGAUUCCGGUUAGUUCAUUCAGAAGUUUCCCCGCAAACGAAACGAACCUCUUGUGUCAAACUUUACCCUUCGUUGACAAAAAGACUGCAGUGACCAGUGACUGCACAUUUGAAGCCGACCGAAGCCGACAUUAAUUUAUGUAUUAAUUGCACUGGACUAUGGAUCUGAUAUGUGGUGACAAUAAUUCCCUGCGAUGAUGAUACAACAACCAGAGAUGAGGCUUCUUUUCCUCCUCUUUUCUCUCAGCCUGCUCGAGAUCGGCUGUCAGAGUGACCUAGACGCGCCUUUGCGGCCCGAGAGUAGCUUUUUCUUGCGGCACAAAGUCAUUCUGGACGGCGUGGAAUCAAGCAGCUCUGACCAUUUUGAAGACAAAUGUGAUAAGUGUCCGCAACUGUGCUCCAGUGACAAAAAGGGAUGCUCAUGUUUUAGGGGAUUUGCUAAAAUAUCAGAGUUUCACUGUCAAGAUGUGGAUGAAUGCGCCAGUAACAAAGACUUAUGCGGCCCCCACGGUAGAUGCAUCAACACUUUGGGCUCGUUUGUUUGCCGCUGCCAAUUUGGGUUCCAGCCGCUGCCUUCUGGCAAGUGUUCUGACAUCAAUGAAUGCUCUCUUGCUCUUAAUAAACGUCCAUGUGACCAAAUAUGCACCAAUCUGCCUGGUAGUUACGAAUGCUCAUGUCAAAAAGGGUACGAACUCUUGGCAGGAUCUGGAAAAUGCCAAGACGUGAAUGAAUGUGUGCAGGAGGAAAACGUGUGCUCCCACUUGUGCGUCAACACUCCAGGCAGCUUCGUCUGUCGAUGUCCAUCGCCUUUAACCCUUUCCGAUGAUGAAAGAACUUGUUCCUCUGCAGUCAAAAGGCAAAGGAAGUCGCCGGCCCUGCUGUCUAAGACUCCCUUAAGAAAUGAGCAAGAGGAUAUCCACCGGUGUCCGCACAAAUGCCUUAACGGUGGCGUCUGCAAGGAUGGCUCUUGUCAAUGUCCAUCAGGUGUAUCAGGAAGAGUUUGCCAGACAGAUAUCGAUGAGUGCUCUGUCUUGCCCGAUGACAUGAAAUGCUCCCAUUUCUGCAUAAACACGUUUGGGAGCUUUCGAUGUGGCUGUCGGGCUGGUUUUGCUUUGGCUGUCGAUGCCAGGACUUGUGUCCUAAUUUCCUGCACACCACCUUGCAUGGGAGGUGGCACAUGUCACAACGGUGUCUGCAAGUGCCCUCCAGGUUUAACUGGGCGGGCAUGCGAAACAGACAUUGAUGAGUGCCAACUUAGUAAUCCAUGUCAGCACAUCUGCCACAACACACUUGCAAGUUUUGUGUGUCUGUGCAGAGGAAAGUGGCGCUUGGGCUCGGACGGCAAAAGCUGUGUCGAACCGACAUGUGUGCCUCAUUGCAGAAAUGGAGGAGUUUGUCAUCAAGGACGCUGUAUCUGCCAACCAGGCUUCCAUGGCAGGAUUUGCCAAUUAGAUGUAAACGAAUGUGCCCUUGCCGAACAGCCCUGUCCCUAUGCUUGCCUGAACACAAUAGGAAGCUACCAAUGUCUGUGUCCUGCUGGUUUUAAGCAGUCGCCAAAUAGGACAGCCUGCCUUGUUAACUCUCAGGCAGACGAAGAUAAUCUGUUCAGCAACCUUGAAGUUGUGAUAGAAGUGGUUGUGCAGGAUGAUACUCAUUCCAGUUUUACCCGAUACUAUGUUACGCCUGUGCUACCAUCAAAGCAAAAAACUGCCAGUUUUGUGCACAAGUCAGUGUUCCCUUAUCAACCAUUGUUUGAGAAUCACAAGGAAAUUUUGCACUUCGACCACUCUAAAAACGCUAUUCCAAAACUAAACAUUGAUUCCCAUUCCCACACCAUUCCAACAAUAUUUAAGACUGAAGAUCACAUUAAAGUUCUUGAGGAUAAUUUUUAUAAUUCAGUGAUUUCACCUUCUAUUACUGAAAGUAGUAUUUUACCUUUAAAAUCUUUGCCGGCUUCUCAACCAGAUGUGCAUUUUGUAAAGGAAUUAGAACCAACAAACAGUAGCACUGCUACGCCAGUGCUGCCUUUAGAAAGAAAUUUGAUAAUAGCGUCCACCCUUAUUGAGCUAACAAGGGUACAAGAAAUUUCCUCAUCAAAAAGUUUUCCGAUAUCUGUGACAGGAACUUCCGAAGAAAACAGCUUAAUUAAAAAUAUCAUUGCUGAAAUUUCCACUGAAAAUAAUAGUGAAACUAAUUUAACAACACCUGAGAAAAGCUUGGAAGAAAUUACAGAACAAGACCGCACAGACAAUAGUGAAGCAAGUGAAUUCACUACUCUCAGCAUUUUGGAAGAGACUCUGCCAGUAAUAGAAUGGACAACUGAGGAAACCAAAAUUGAAUCUGUGACCGAAACUGAUCAUGCCUUUGAAGAAGUUACUUCUCCGAUCGACUUCAAUGAAUUUACUACUGAAACUUCAAUAGGAAAAGAUACAACUAAAACUUUUCUAACACAUACUUCUUUAGAGAUAACUACAGUAGCCUCAAAGCACAAGAAAAUGAAGCAGAAAGCAAAAGGAAACCUAAAAAAGAAAAAGGGCAAGAACAAAAAGGGCAGCAAAAUUUCUGCAAUCAACAAUAAUCAUCGGGUUCUGAGCCAAAUAUUAGACUCUUUUGGCAUUGAGAACCACCAGGGUGACGCCAAGCAUUUUGACUUAAUAGACUUUGAUAAAAUCAGUGUCAAACAAGCCCAAGAGUUGACAACUCCAAAAUCUUUUGAUCUGCCCGUACUCAAAUUUGCUCCAUCUAAUACUUCUGAAAGAGACUGCUACUACGGUAGAAACAAAUUUAAGUCAAGAAGUCACUUUUUCAGAGACGAAAAGAACUGCACUCGCUGCUUUUGCAAAAAUGGUGAACUGAGGUGUGACCCUCGGCAUUGUCCAGAACCAGGACGAUGUAACAAACCGAUUAAAGGUAAUUGCUGUGACUACUGUCCAAGCGACUGUGUGAUCGAUAACCAGGUUUAUCAGCCGGGAGAGGCAUUUGUGCCCGAAUUGGAUCCUUGCAGGGAAUGCAGAUGUGAGAAUGGAAGGACAACAUGCACUGAUUUACUAUGUCCAGCGCUGCCGUGUCCAGCUAAGCACAGGGCGCAGCUGCCUGAUGACUGCUGCCCAUCGUGUGUGCCUCCUGGCCCAGGCUGCUUCUGGAACCAGCAGUUUUUCUACACAGGCCAACUUUGGGUGCAGCGCCAAGGUGGUUGUCAGGCAUGUUUGUGCAGAGAAGAAGGAGUCGUGCAGUGCAACCCUGUGCCUUGCAUUGUUGACUGUAGCCAUCCUCAAUUUGUUACUGGCGAGUGCUGCCCUAUAUGUGAUGGGUGUCAAUACCAGAACAAGAAAUUCAGCAAUGGCAACACUUUUAGGCACCUUUCCGACAACUGCAGCUUGUGCACUUGCAUGAGUGGAAACAUCUCUUGUUUUGAAGAGAGGUGCCAAGCUAGGUGUGGUCACCCUUACAAGCCACCUGGCAAAUGCUGUCCAGAAUGCUCCGAUUGCUUCUUUGAAAGGGAGCACAUCAAAGAAGGGUCGUCUAAAAUAUUUGGCAAGGAAAAUGGAACAUGCACCGAAUGUUCGUGCAAAGCCGGAGAAAUUCACUGCAGGGCAGCCGAGUGCUCGUUGAGCUGUGUGAUCAGCAACGGGACUGUGGUUCCAUCCGGAGAACAUUUUACAAAACCAAAUGAUCACUGCACAAAAUGCAAGUGUCACGAAGGUCAAAUAGGCCAAUGUGAAACACAAGCUUGUGUUGACCAAUGUGAAUUUGGUGUUUUGCUUCCAGGCGCCUGCUGCGUUCAGUGCAACAUGUGUGAUUAUAAAGGAAAAAUUUAUGUAAACGGGCAGAGCUUUAAGGAGCCUUCAGAUUUGUGCUUGGACUGCACAUGCAACAAUGGAAAUGUAUUGUGCUUUGACAACUGCCCCGAGGGAUCAGGAAACACUCAAGAUGAUGAGGUCGAUGAGGAUUAUGAUGAUGACAGUGAAGAGGAAUAAAAUGUUAAUAAAAAAAUCCAUGAAUGAAAAAUAUUUCUGUUCAUUUUUUUCUGAAAUGAAGUUGAACUAGUCGAAAAAAUAAAACAAGAUGGAAUAAAA